AUGGUAGGUGUGAGGACAUGGACCGACGAUGAAACGUGGUUUGUUCUAAAGGCAUCGGAAAUCACAAAACCAAACACUUCGUCUACACACUUGAACCCCAGACCAAUUAGGUACUUCACGGACGAGGAAAUUGCAACCCUUUGCAAGAAGAAUGCCCCGAACCGGCGCCAUAUUCCAGAUGCAAGUGGUGUCAGAUACAUCCGUAGUCACAAGAAAGCGCAUGCACCAAGACCUUCUCAGGCAGUUCUAGCAGCUAUUGCACGACUACGCCACGAAUGCAAUACCUCCGCUCAACACCAGGACGGCAUGAGCGAAAACAUGUUCAGUACUCCGCAAAACAUAAGCCGCGGGAAGCUUACACAGGUACAAGGCUUUGGGGGCUUUGCCAAUACAGCUCCAGCUCUGGGACAUUCCAGGUUGGAGGAUCUUGACUCAUUGGCAUUAGGAUAUAUGAAUAAUCGGAACGGAAACAGAGCUGGACAAAUCGUUCCCGAGCAAUUCCAGACUAUGAAUGCUAUGAACCCGCCAAGCCUAGCAGGUUCGCACCAAAUGAUGGCAAUAAGAUUUCCUUCAAAUACGUUUGGAAAUGAGCAAAUAAACCACGACCUAUUUGAUGCCUCAUGCAAUAUGGGGCCGCAGGGCUUCAACAGGCCCUAUCAACAAUAUGGAAUAAAUGGAGAUAUUGCUUUUCCGGAUUCUAGUAGCCAACAACAAUAUGGACAAGCACGCCACGAGACAACUCUACCAACAAACUUUCCUAUCAGCUCUUGUGCCAGAGCGCACGGUCAAUUGGAUCAAACAAUGAAUUACGUGCAGCAAAUGGGUGCUCUAAUGCAGAAUGGCAAUGGAAUUCCUCGAAUUCCACAACAAAUGUAUCCGAGUGGCAUGGCCCAGCUCCAAGGCAAUCAGAUGGGCUCCGGCAUUUCAACAUUUGAGCCACAAAUGCAAGCUUACAACUAUGGAAACCCUACGCAGUCGCCAUAUCCACCGAACUACAGAGGGUAUACAUCAGGCCCUCGUGACCUACAAAAUCUGGGCAGAAACGAAAUGAUGAUACCACCAGGUCCGGCUGACGUUGGAAGAUUCACUAAUCCCCAUGGUAUACCAUCAGAUGGUCAAAUUAACGGAGGUAUAAUGUCACAUGGUGGACAGUACAAUGGAAAAGACCAGCAUCUGGCACAACAACAGGCCGGUGUGCAAUUUUACAGUCUAUCAUCAGGCGUAGAUUUGGAUGCUCUGCCGGAUCCUCAACUCAAGCCUCCGAAAUCUCAUGGACUCCCAAAAACCACAGUUACCAGUCCUGAUGUCACCACUUCUCACGGACUUCAGCAAGCCACAAUGAACACUCCUGGUUCUACUAAUUAUCCCGCUAAGCACUUGAGCAAUCCAGAAAUGUCAAAUAACUUUGGAAACCAAGACGAUGCUGCUGCCGAAGCCAUACGUCCGCAAUCACAGCCCUCUGCUGGAAACGAAAAAGGACAUAAAAGGAAGGUUGAUAAGGCCGGCUUUUAUGAUUUGAAUUUGUAUAAGGAUAGUGGGAGGAAAAACAAAAGAAAUAAUGGCGAGGGUAGUAGUGGAUCUAGGCUAUCAAACCACAAUGAUCACUACGAAGUCAGUGAUCAAAUCUCCAUUACACACACAUUAGCAAGGAUACAAGGCCUCCAUAAGGCUGCUCAAGCAGCUGAACUCCCUGAUUUUCCAGCUUUUCCAGCUUUUACAGUUGGCCCAUUUGAUUCUUUAAAUGCUGCACCAGUUCCUGCUAUGCAUAGUCCAGCUCAACUUGACAUGGAUUCUGGUCGCUUGGAUAUGGAAUUUAGUGUAUUUUCCCCGGAGCUCCCUGAUCAAGUUCAAGGACAAUUUCAACAGCAACUUGAGGCAUCUACUACCUUUACCAAUAGCUCGAGCGAUCUCAGUGAUCCACCGACUCCUCAAUUUGGUGAGACAUCAAAUGCGGCGUCAGCCUCAAAGUUUAAGGAGGCUCCAUUGGUUUAG